AUGAGCGAGUCUUCCAAGACUGGCUCGCAGCCUGCACAAGGCAGACAGAACAUCAUCGUAGUGGGCGCGGGCAUCUUUGGUCUGUCCUUGGCCACGGAGCUACAUGAGCGAGGCUACAGAGUAACCGUGCUGGAGCGCAAUCGGUACGAUCAGACGGCCUACGAUCCGCUAGACGCAUCCACCGAGAAUGCAGCGAGCGUGGAUCACAACAAGAUCUUCCGAGCAUCGUAUGGCAAAAAGUUGCACUACCAGAGAUUGGCAUUCGAAGCGAGACAGCGCUGGUUGGAGCUCAAUGAGCAAGCCGAUACGCCCCUCUUUAGUGCUUGCGGCAUGUUGCGCGUGCAGCCCAGCAACACGCUCGACGCGCUGGAGCAAGAGACGUUGAGGAACAUGACGCGCGACGGAAUACGCUCCAGUCAAUUCGUAGAGGGUGAAGAGGAAGAUGCGAAUCGAGCCGAGGCGCAAGGAUGGGCGCACAAGCUGCUCAGAUUCGACUUGAGGCAGCAAGACGAGCGUAGCGAAGAUGAGGAGGCGCAAGGGUACAAUGGACAUUGCUUUGCUGCUACGCUCGACUCCACUGCGGGAUUCAUCAGCAGCAGCGAAGCUUGUCGGUACUUUCAACGACGAGCCGAAGCUCUCGGCGUGCAUUUCCGCUUCGGCGUGCAGGUCCAGGCUUUGCUACAGCAGCAACAAGCUCACCCGAACGCUCCUCGAGUCGUGCGAGGUGUGCUGCUAUCGAGCGGCCAAGAGAUUGCGUGCGACCAAGUGAUCGUAGCGUGCGGAUCGAGCAGCACGCAGCUCUUCCCCGCCCUCUCUUACCACGUCGAAUCUUCCGCAGGCAGCGUGGCCGCAUUCCAACUCGAUGCGGUGCGCGAUGCGGCAUUAUGGGAGAAGUACGCUGCGGAAAGAUUUCCGGUCAUCACUUGGAAGAGCGCGGUUAGGGAUGGCGAGGGAAGAGAUACGGGAAGCGUGUACGUCUUGCCCAGGACCAAAGAGGGAGUGAUCAAGAUUGGGUAUAGAGGAGUCAAGUACACCAAUUUUCAAGCGGCACCCGACUCUGCCUAUUCGCAAAAGGGUCAAUGGUCCAUCCCCUUGCCGUCUGUCUCCUCGCACAUCAUCCCUCGCCAAUCCACCUCAUCCAUUCGAACCUUUGUGCAGCUCUUUCUGCCCGAACUAGCGCAGCGUCCGUUUGCUUGGACGAAGCUCUGCUGGUACACCGACUCGCUGGACAACGAGUUUGUGGUGGAUAGACCGCCCAAAGAGGAGUGGAGCGGCGUAUUCGUUUGCACGGGAGGCAGCGGGCACGGUGCCAAGUUCUUGCCGGUCUUGGGAAAGGUGCGUGCGGAGGGCGUUAUGAAAUCCUUUUGGAGGUGGAGAGAGGACAAGCCGAGGGGCAAUGGAUUGGAUGAAGGUCCGGAUGGUGAUAGGAAUCUCAACCGAGCGACUUGAAAGGGCCUCACGGCCGGGGGCGGGGGAAGAGGGCAAAACAAGAAAUGUCCAGAAGAAAAAAGAGGGAGAGGAGUAAUCCUACGACUCUUGCGCGGAGAGAGAGAGAGAGAGAGCCUUGAAAUGAGGGUUCGAUCCAUGAAAAAACUUUGCAGAGUCCAAGGAUUUGUGGGUUCUUGUCGGCUAUUCUCGCCGAGGGACGCGCGAGUUGUGAAAGGUUAUGAGUGUGUGAGGGGGAACAAACCCUUGAGCGAGUGAUCCAUGAGGCAUUCGCUCGGAACCUUUUGCAACACGGGCGAAGCAUAGCCUCCCGAAGCAUCGCCCUCUCUCUCUCAACUCCGCGCAAUCCAAAU